AUGUUUGUAGGAUCGUGCACUGCGCUGCAGGAGCUCAGCGAAACGGCAGCCUACCACAAGCUUCGAAGACUUUGCCAGAAGGGCAAGAACGGUAAGUUGAAAGUGCCAGAAUCAGUGCACGAGGACUACUUGAAAGGUGGCCCUGCCCGAGAUGCACUGAUGGAUGAGCUACAGCGGAGCAAGUUCUUGACUUCCAUCAAGAAGAGCACGGAGAAGCUCAAGGAAAAGGAAAACAAGGUCAGGAAGAGGUGGCUGACACUGAAGCAGAUGAAGGAUGAAGAGAAGUGGUCUGCGUUGGACAAGUACGACCAACGCAUCGAGAAGUUUCACGUGGACGUCGAAGAGUCCGGACACGUGUUGGAUCGCUUGCAGGAGACAGAGCAACAUGAAUCGACAUCGCAGGCAUCAGGGGCUGCAUGGUUCAGAUUAUGCACAUAUAUAUAUGUAAUACAUAAUAUAUAUAUAUAUAUAGAGAGAGAGCAACUAUAUAACCCUACUACACCGCAUCUGUGCAGGCAGCCAAUGGCCCGCAGUUGUCGGGACAGUGGCACGAUUUCGAUGCUCCUCAACCUCCUGUGCGGCCUGUUCCUGGUGCACCUGUUGUUAGGGACGGUGCUCCUGCAGUUGCGGGCGUGGGGCCCUCACCUUCCUCCAUGCCUGCACUUCCUGGCUCACAAGCGCCAGCUGUGA